AUGAAACUAGACGGAAGGAAGGAAAUUUUUGGUGCGGGCAUUUUGAAAGGUAAACGGUUACUGAAGCGUGGUGUCGCUGAAUCGUUUGUUUGUGCGGGUCAGUUGGAUUCGGCGUGUGAAACACGAUUAUGUUACGAUGCGAUCGACUUGAAACAGGAUACAAUUCAAAGCGGAUGCGCCAACAAAGAGCAGUGUAUCGAGCCAGGAUGCUUUAUGCAUAACGAUCAGUUCGUGUGCUGUUGUGAGAAUCCGAUAUGCAACGGCAAAUCGGAAAGUUUGCUUCGAUCACGUUUAAUGAUGUGGACAUCAGGCGAGUUCACAACACUACCCAUCCCGUCAAGCACAAUCGAAUCGCAGUCGCCAUCAACCGAAGCAGAGGAGGAGAUAAGCGUAUUAAAGUUCGAGCCAGGCGUGGUACAGUCGACUGAUGAGGAGCAUUCUUUAGAGCAAAAUGAAACUGACGAGCAAUUGUCGCAUGGUGAUGAACAUGAUGACGGAGAGCUUGAGCACGAUGUGAUGGUGACUGUAGUGAGUGAUGAAGCAGAAGGAGACUUAGAGGAUGAACACACCACCGAAGCCGAGAGCAAGCAUGAGGAGGAUCAACACGAAGAAGUAGUCGAUGAAGAGGAGUUGAAACAAAAAGCUAAUGCGAGCAAGCAACAAGUGGAAGAAGUUCACCUGUUGGAGCCAUUUGAAGAAAUUCUCAGAGAUCAGCUCGAAUCAAAAUUGGACGGUGAUGAGGAGUCGGAUACUGUGAAAGCGGACGAAACUGAUCAAGAAAACGGAUCAGAGCCAUCGCAAUCAACGACGAGCGAAUCUGAGAGUGCAACUACCAGUAGUGAUAGCGAAAGCAGCGAAACUGUCGUCACCGAAGCGUCUGAUAGCGAGAAGCCGACGACCGAGGUCAGUUCAACAAUAGCUGCAACUCUAUCAAGCGCAGAUACAACUACAGAAUCUGGAGCUGUAAUUAGUGAACACGAAAGCGAGCCAUUACCAGAGGAGGCGUUGAUUGGCGAGGACCAUAUAGCAGCAGCAGCAGCAGAUCAAUUCGAAGGGGAUGAUGUCGAUGACGAAGAUCAUACUCUAGACGAGUCGUUAUCGGAUGAUAGUGAGAGUAAUGUUAGGGAGCAUUUAUUAUCGCCAUACGAUGAGGAUUUCGAUAAUACUGGCUCAGUAGUGGCUGAUGAACAUGUUCCCUUUGAACACGAAGAAAAUAUUGAAGAAGCAGAGCUAGUUGGUGAGCGAGAAAACGAGCAAGAAGAAAAAACGGAACAUUUGGGAGAGAGUGAAACUGUGAAGGAGACUGAAGAAAGGGAAGAUGAAGCAGGAGCAGAAUGUUGUAAGCACGAGAACAAGACAGAAACAGAUGAAGCGGUUGAAGUAGCACCUGAAGAGCACGUUAAUUACUCUCAUCCCGUAGAAAUACAUCAUGAGGAUGAAUCUGAAUCGAGUAGAGCGUUGGUGGAAGGUGAGGGAAAAACAACUGAGGAAGUGGCAUCAGUAACUGAGUCGGACGAUGGUUUGCAUUCAACUGGUAUGACAGUUGCAGAGGAAUUGGAGGAAACUGAUGGUUUUACAACCACUGAAGCUGCCAUUGCUGAUGAUGAAACGACUGAAGAGACGGAAAUAAAAAUUUUGAAGAUCAAUGAAGAGUCGGAUAGAAGUGAUGAGGCAAACGAAGAUGAAGGUGAUCACGAAAAAGAAGAAUAUCCAGAGGAACACGCCGAAGAAGAGCAAUUAAAUGAAGCAGUUGAAGAGCCGAUGCCAUCAGUAACUGAAAUAUCAAAACUCAAGAAUGAUUCUGACGAUGGUCAGGUAGUGUUAUUAGAAAAAGCUGCUGAACUUGGUGAGGGCAAGGAUUCUGAUGAUUCUCUAGAUGAAUUAGCGGUAACAACAGCAACAACUAGUAUUGAUGAGACGAAGGAUGCUGCUGAGAAGAUUGAAGAAGCAUUGCGACCAGAAGAAGAAGAAAGUGAGCAUGAAGAAAUGAGUGGCGAAAAUGAUAGGCUCGAAGAUGAGCAUUCAGAGGCGAUGGACUUGAAGCAUUUCGAAGUGAAACUGGCGAAUGUGAGUGGGCAAGGGCAAGCAUCGAAUAGAAGUGAUGACGAUGAUGGCUUCGUAAGCAGUGCUGAAAUUACAGCUACAGAAGCCGAGCAAGAAGUUGAUGAAGAGAAGAAGCACGUUCAUGAUGAUGAAGCGGCGUUGUUGGAAAAAUAUGAACAUCAUCCAAAACAUAUUGAGGAGCAUUUGAAGAAGCCAGUCGUUGAUGAGUUGCAAAUGAAAGCUGUUGAUGAGGAAUCGUCGUCGUCGUCGCCGUCGUCUAAGGGCUUGUUGGUGGCUGAAGGUGAAAGUGCUGAAGAAAUGAUGAUGACAACAAUGGAGGACGAGCAUUCGUCAACCGAAAAGUAUAUGGAUGAACAAGGAGAAGGAUUAACAGAUGCAAUUCAAGAAGAAGGACAAAUCGGUGCAGAAGACGAAUUACUCGUCAAAGAAAAGGAAUUUGGAGAAGAGGAGAUUAAGUCGGAAGGUAGGCCAAUUCCAGUUGAAAGUGAUCAUCAUCAUGGCAUAAUGGAAGGAUCUGAAGAAGAAGAAGAAGAAAAACUGCAGAAAAUAGACGACGAUAUUGUGUCGCCAAUGAAUGCUUCUUUAGAUGAGCAGCAGCUUUAUCCAGAUGGUGUAGAAUUUAUCGAGAGCCAACUAGAGGAUAGUAGUAGAACAACAUCAGAAGCAGCAAUAGUUGAUCAAGAGGAUCAUUCAAGUGUAGGUGCUGAACGUGUUGACGAUGAUCAUGAUCUCGAAUCGAAGAGUGGCACCACUCAAUAUCAAGCAUUCGAAGAUUCAACGCAACGAACAACGUUACGAAAAUUGGUUGAGAGUAUUUUGAGUAGUAGUACGGUUUCACAAGGGCAAGAGGAAGACGAGAUGUCGUCAGUUGGUGCUCGUUAUAUUGAUGAAGAAGGAGUGGCUGAUCGCCGUCAUAAAUCAACAACAAUUCGGAUUACACCACCACCGCCGUCAGAAAAGACUUCAUCGAAGAAACCAUACACUGAUGACUAUGCGACAAGUGAACGAAAGAAUCAAAAGAUUAAGCGUAUCAAAGAGCCAGCGGACGGAGACAAUUCAGAAAGCAAAGAAGUGGCCGGUGUUCCGUGGUGGUUGGUGACGUUAGCCGGACUUAUAACGGCUUCAAUUAUCGCUGCGGUCGUCUACAAAUUAAUCAACGAUCGAAGAAGACGAGCUCGUCGAGCGCACGCAACAGAUGGACAAGAGAUGACUCCGUUGAACAGUGGUACGAGCACUAAGAAUAAUGCCGACGAAACAACAGCUGCAAACGAUACGGAUCGUCUUCGUGAGGACGACGACACCACCACCACCGCAUAA